AUGACACAGAAAGAUAACUGUGAUGAUUCCAGUAAGCAAUCAAAAGAGAUUCUGGUUAUGUUCGAUUCAUUGGCAGAAUUUUUGACAUCAUACACCAAUCAGAAAUGGUUGAAUCCUAAUGAUCCCUUGAUCAUUGUUAUUAUUGUCAUUUUUCUUUUUGGGCAUCUCAGGAUAAAAGAUGGAAAUGGUGAGAAACUAUAUCCAAGAUCAUCCUUUGUCAUUAACUGUACAGGUGAUGUCUGCAAAGGUGAUGUUGUUUUGUUCACACAGAAGGUUUAUGAGAGAUAUGACAAAGUGACAAGGAAUGGGAAUCUUCUGGGAAACCGAACCAUUGCUGGAAGGGUUGUGAAGGAAAGUUAUGGUGCAGCCAAACAGCAACAUACAUUCACGGUUGAAAUACUCUGGAGCAAGGGUUUCAAGAGAUUGCCUCCACUGUUUCCUUUGCUUGUGAAGGGCCGCAACCUCUACAGACUGAAAACUUUUCGACAGCGAUGGGAUGAUGAAAAAGAGAGAGCCAGAGUUCUUGCAGAAAAGCACAGAAGGGGCACAGCAGCAAGGCGUCUUAGAGCGAUGAAGAUUGCACAAUCUGCAAAUCGAGGUAGCAAGCGCAGGAGACAAUCCUACCGUGCAGGAUCUCCAAAGAGGAGGAGAAGCCAAGAAUUUGUACCUUCAACUGAAACCAAAAGGCGCAAAUGCAUUGAUUCCCGUGGAAAGGCUCCACUACAUAAACAGGAAAAAACAGAGAGAGUUCGUAAGGCAAAACUACAUACACAAGCAAAAACAAAAACAGUUCCUAAGGCAAUGAUUCCUAAAUUAUCCUUGAGAAACCUGCAAGAUAAAGUUCCCAUGUUUCAUGCUUACACCCAAAAUGGAGAUCCCCAGACACAGUUAUGGUCACAAAUGCAAUACAGACCUAGAAAUUCUCAGUUUAUGGGUCAUGAAAGUGGAGGGCCAUGCCAUGUUUCCAAUUACAAGGCAGGCCUUGCUCCAGAUGCAUUGAGAUUGGCACCUUUCAGGCCUUAUACAAAUCCAAUGGUGGCACCUGCUUUGAGGCAUCAAGAAUACAAUCAGAGGACCAAUGGCUUUCCUACAUAUGCAGAUUCUGUGUAUCAACUUGGUGCGAGGAACGUAAACCAUUUUGUGGACCAAGGGAGUACUUAUAUCCAAAACAUUAUGGGAGCUGAGAUCUAUAGAGGACAAAGGAGUUGUUUCUUGCAUUGUUCUAUGCCAGGUUGUGGAGACCUGGGAGCUAAUGGCUGUGUUGUUUCUUCAUGUUGGAAAUGCUGCAGGAGGACAGGGAGGAAAUGCUUAAGACACCAAUGAAAUCCCCCCAUUAUAGUUCUGAUUUCGUCUGCCCUUUUUUUUCACACUCCUGGUUUGGAGGAGAGGGUUGGUGGGGUCGGGGUCGGGGUCGGGGUCGGGGAUGGGGAUGGGGAUGGGUUCACAUAAUAUAUGGGAGGAAAUGUGGAAUUUAAUGAACUACUUGAUUCAAGAUGUAAGAUAAUGUGCAUCUUUUGAAUGUGCACUUUCUUUGCACACACCCAUUUUGGGUCAGGAGGUUGUCCUUUUCAUUACUAGAAUUCAAGAGCUUACAGAUUUCUAUUAAUUCUGCAUUUCCUGUUUUGUGUCAA